AUGGGGGGCCUCGAGGCGCUGGAAGUGCUCGCAGUGCACACAGUUGGCGUCUGCAGGUGGAAAGAAGUCCCCGAAGACCUCCACUGCGUCAUUUGCGACAACCCUUUCGAACUGCCCUGCGCCGCCUGCGACACUCCGGGCGACGACUGCCCCCCGGCCUUCGGGGCCUGCGGCCACAUUUUCCACCUGCACUGCAUUGCUGCGUGGCUGGGGGGCAGGGGCCUGCGGGGAGCAGCACAAGACACUUGCCCGAUGUGUCGGCAGCUGUGGCGCUUUGCUGCGCAGCAGCAGCACUUGGCUUUUGGGGAAAAAGAAAAAGAAAGAAGUUCGGAAGAAAAUGAUUUGGAAAUAAAUUUAAAUUUAAAUUUAAAUUUAAAUUUAAAUUUAAAUGAAUUAAAUGAAGAAGAACUCCACACCGACGACGAACGAGCCGGCGACGAGGUGUACGUACACCCCAGCCCCCACGCCUGA